AGAAGAAAACCUUCGGCCAGCAUUGAGGACUGUCGUGUGUGAAGGCGGUUGGCUUUGGUCGAAGUCGAUCGAUACGCGAACGAUUUCGCCGAGUCGUCACGAACCGAGCCGAGGGACGUCGACAGCGACCGAGGAGCGACGAAAGCGACCGAAGUGCCGUAGACGCCAAGCCGAUGAACAACAGCCGAGUUCUUCUCGACAACGGCCGGACAGCGAUUGGGUUACUGGCGACGACAGUACGUUACGGGCGCGGCUUUGUCCUUAAGGCUGGCGUUCUACACGGGAAGAUGUCCUCACUCGACUACCUAGAUCUGUGUCGACUCUGUCUCGUAAAGGAUGAGGUUUCUGUGCCGAUUUUCGAAGGCGAGGGCGACGUGCGGCAGAUCUUUCUCAAGAUCACCGCCUGUUUGCCGGUCAAGGUUGCCAGAGAAGAUAAACUACCUAAGAAGAUAUGUAAGGAAUGUGUAUGCAAGGUAGAAUGUUUUUAUUCAUUCUGCAACACUACUGCAAACUCGGAGAAGCAAUUGCUGCAACUACUAGGAGAUGUUCAAAUGGAAGAUGACAAACAAAACUAUAUUGGGAAUGUUCUCAGUUCGAACGAAAUGAGAGCAGACGAGAACAGCAAAAACAACAGAUUAGAAGACACUGUAAUGCAUCAAGUGGGCGAACAUCAAAGCAGUAUGAACAUAAUGGACAACAUAAUGGACAUGCCGAUGAUGAUAUCGGGCACUACUCAACAAAUAACCUCAGUUCCUAUGGAUAACACUGGAGAGUCAGUACAAAAUGUUUCAGUAGCCGGACCAAGCACACAAAUGGCACACGAGCAGGUACAUAUUAAUCAGAAUCAGUCAGAUACCCCUAUGCAACAAGAGGAAGAAGAAGAGAGUAGCGAAGAAGACGAAAAUUUUGAAGAGGAAUGCGAUGCGGAUGAAGGCCUACCUGUAAAAGAAGAAAGUGAAGAGGAUCCUAACAACAGGAGAGCAGUCGAGCCUACGACGUUUGUAAAUGUCUCUCUGGCGUGUGAAGAAGCAGGUCCUUCCGGGCUUCAGCAACAAAAGAUUACGGAACUUCCCGAUAACAUGGUGAUACCGCAAACAGAAGACGUAGAUCCGAAAACUGGGAAACAACAAGGGGGACGAUCGGUGGACAAGUCCGUCAAGAAAGUAACAAUUAGACUCAGAGACAUAGCGUCUAUCACUGAAGGCAGAAAAAGUGAAACCAAGAACAUCUGCAAAACCGUGGUGUUGAAAGGCAAUGUCGCUUCUACGCAUUUUCUAAACAAGUACUUGAUACUGCCCGUAAGUGAGGAACGCAAGUUCGCGCACGUAAAGAAAAUCAAAACCACGACGAAGAAGGAAACACCCACCACCACGUUCUCUGACGCAGAACCGCGCAAUCAAGAAGCUAUCUCGUGCACGAGGUGCAAUUUUCGAUGCAAAAAGAGAUCCACGUUGAUCGCGCAUCUGGCCGAGAAGCACGAGGAGACCGCGACCGACGACAUAGUUGCCAAAAACAUGGCCGUCGACGAUAUAGUCGACAACGACGCGGUCGCCAACAACGAGCCCGAGUUCGUAUGCUCCAUAUGCGCGCAGAUAUUCGCUCGCAAGGAGACUCUGAACUCGCACUUCGUGCGCAAACACACGUACUCGUACAAGUACUCGUGCAAUUUCUGCGACAAGAAAUUCAAGAUCAAGGGCGAUCGCACGACGCACAUCAGGCUGAAGCACAUAGAGACGAACGUGAUUUGCGACGUGUGCGGCAAGAGCUGUCGGAACAGUCACAGCCUGUACACCCAUCAGAAGCACGCCCAUUACAAGCCCAAGUACGAGUGUCCGAUCUGCAAGAGACGCGUGGUCUCGCAGAAGAAUCUGGAUCGUCACAUAGUGACGCAGCACGAAAAGAAGGAGAAGACGAUGUGCGAGGAGUGCGGCAAGACCUUUCAGGAGGGCUACGAUCUCAGAAAGCACAUGAGGAUUCACACGGGCGACAGGCCGUACAAAUGCACGGAAUGCGAAAAAGCCUUUGCCAGACACAGUAGCCUCAGUCAGCAUUUGCUUCUGCACACCGGCGAACGGCUCUACAAGUGCGACGUGUGCGAAAAGGCGUUCACGCAGAAGGCUGGUCUUAUUUGCCACAGAAAGACCCACUCUGGCAAUCUUCCGCCACUUCCGGUGAUGCACAUCGAUCAUAUACUCAAGAACAAGUUCACAAAGAAAUAUCCAUUAAUUAUUAGAUAUGGUUUAAGGUGCGCAAAAGACGAGUACAAUGCUCGGGGUAUUUUUAUCUUUGAUAAAGAGUCCGUGGUGAUGAAGAAGUGGCAGAUCUUGGAAUUCGACGGCAAACCGUAUUACGCUUUCAUACCGGAAGAGGACGCGCCUCUGAUAGACGACGAGGACGCGCAGAUGCGCGCGGAGGACUCGUCGUUCGAGGAGCUAGAAAGUCACGCGGACGAGGAAGAAAGCGAUGUCAGGAACGGGAUGAAGAAGGAGCUUUUCAAAGAUGAAGUCUCGCGUUACGAUUCCAUAGAUGAAAAAUUGCAAGAGGUUGUUCUCAAUGAAAGUUACGAAGAGGUAAAGCCGAUUCUGUUGAACGGCGAACCCGUUGACGAGAGUAACGAAUUCUAUCAGUUAAAGGUGCAGGGCAAUAACGUGUUCUUCGAGAAACUGUCCACGAAGGAGGAAGAGGAUCGUCAAACAGAGGACGGGUCGAACGACGAGGGUGAGGUGGAGUAUCUCGAGGAAGAACUGGUGAGCAAUUCUGUUGACGACAACGUGGUCACGCAAUCCGCGCAACCUUCUGCAAAGGGUGAGUCUAUCAAGUGCAAACUGUGCUCGGAGACGUUCGUCACGGAGAUAUCCUGCAGAAAGCACGUAGCGUGGAUUCACAAGAAGCAGAAGUGUAUAAAAGAGAACGGCAGUUUCAUAUGCGCCGUGUGCGAUUACAGCACCACGAAGAAGGCUCAGUUCGCCACGCAUCUGGAGAGGAAUCACGAGACCUGGUCGAGAAAACGGUCGAUGAAGAGAUUGUUUCCGUGCACAGUUUGCGGCUUCACCUGCAGAUCUAAGCACUCUUUGCAAUCACACUUUAUCAGAAAACACACCGAUAGAUACGAGUACCAGUGUACCUUCUGCUCGAAGAAGUUCAAGGUCAAGGGCGAUCUGACGAAUCACGUGCGAUUCCAUCACAAGGAGAAGCCGGUCAAGUGCGACGUGUGCGGCAAAAUGUGUCAGAACAGCAGUUCUCUGUACGUGCACCAGAAGUGGGCGCACUUCAAGCCCAAGUUCGAGUGCCACAUCUGCCACAGGCGCAUGGUUACGCAGGAGAAUCUGGAUCAACAUCUGAAGACGCAGCACGAGAAGCGCGACAAGAUCGUGUGCGCCGAGUGCGGCAAGACCUUCACGAAGAAGGACUCGUUCAAGAGGCACAUGGUCGUGCACACGGGAUGCAAACCGUACUCGUGUAUAAUCUGCAGCAAACCGUUUGCCCGAAGAUCGCAGUUGCGACAGCACUUGCUCAUUCACACCGGCAAGCGACCGUUUGUGUGCGACAUCUGCGGCAAAGCGUUCACGCAAAAGCCGGGUCUGAUCUGUCACAGGAAAACUCAUCCCGGCACCCAUCCGCCCUUGCCCGUCAUGCCGAUCGGCGACAUCGUCAAGGAAUUUACCGAGGGAUACGCGCAGGAGAACGAGUCUAACGCGCAGGACAACGAGGAGGAGAAGAUCGACGAGGAAACGUGAAAAUUCACCGUUCGAUUCGCCAAACGUGUGAAGCCAGGUGAUUUUUCUGCGCAAGACUUCAAUGACACUUCAAUGUCGGAUUAAGAGCAAACAGUUACAUUCGGUUGUUCGCUGCUGGAAGCGAUUGAAGUCCGAUGCGAUUGUAUAGUAAAUACAAAUAUAUAUAGAGUCAAACAAAGUUCUUGUUCUCACCUUGCUUACACGCGAACCUUUAUUGUAAUCUUUACGUAACCUGAAGUUGUUUUGCAGACGCAUUGCUAGAUGACGAAAGUGUAUCACAAUCUAUAGAUAUGUUGUAUCUGCUUUUAAAGAUUUUGUCGCAUCUCCUAAUUUUAGAAGAUGAAAGUUUUUUUUUUUUAAUAACUAGAUUCUAGUACUUGCAGUCAGGUUCUGUUGAGAAAGUCAAUAAAAGCUAAUAUUUGUGGCACUUAUACUUUAUUGAAAUCUUCGUGCAAAAAUCAGAUUUUUUUUCGAUUUCCGUUUAAGAGUAAAGCCCGCGGCGCGCGAUAUUUGUUUCUCGUGUGCCGAAUCGUAUGAGCAGAAUCGAUCAAUUGCUUGAUCUUGAAUUCGUGGAAUUGUUGCUCGCGUGCGAUCCAGCGCGAAGACGAGUAUUGCGUGCCGCGGGCUCGAGUCAGGAUCGUAAGAAUCGUUGAAUUAUCGAGCAAUUGUGUGCUUCUUCGAUUAAAUCACUUUUUGAUUGUUGCUCUGUUGUGACACCAAAGACAACUUUAGAUUUGGCUAUCGCGUAAAAUUCUCGAAGUCGAGAUUCCACUCGAAAUGAUUUCGAUUUUUUUUUUCGUCUUUCCUUUUUCUUUUUGUUUCGAGAGAAAAGAAACAGACGAUACAGUAAUGGUGAAAAUUGAUUCCGAAAAGUUACAUAAAUAGGUAAAAAAAACAAAAACUCCAUGAUCGCAAAUUCUACAUCUGAGUGACUGCUGUGUGAUUUUACGGAUUCCAAUCGGAAUACUUUUGAAUUGCGCCGUGUUUUCUUAUUUAUUUAUUAUUUUUUUUUUUUUAAAGGAAGAGGAAAAAUGAAAAUUAAUC